AUGAGAAAAGUUACGUCACGUUGGGUUGCUCAUAAACUCAGUGACGAACAAAAGCAACAACGACUUAGAAUUUGUCGUCAAAAUCUAGCAAAAUUUCGGAGUGGAAAAUGGAGAUUAUCUGAUAUCGUUACUGAUGAUAAGAGAUGGAUUUAUCAUAGGCAGAUUGGUCGAAAGUCAAGUAAUGCUACAUGGAUUAGUGGAAAUGAACUGCCAAGAACCGUUAUUCAUCGAAAUAAAUCUGAACCCAAAUCAUUGUUUUGUUUAUUCUUUAAAUCAAACGGUCCUAUUCUUAUACAUAAAGUUGACAAAGGCAAGGCUAUCGAUCACAACUAUUACAUUGAAAAUUGUCUCAAACCAGUUAUCAAUGAAAUACGAAAACAAGAAAAAUUAUCAGGCACAAAAGGUAUCAAAUUGCUUCAUGAUAAUGGCAGUUCUCAUACUCAUCGGGAUGUUAUUGACUAUUUAACAGAAGAAGGUAUUGAGAUAAUGCCACAUCCACCAUACUCACCUGACCUUGUACCCUGUGACUUUUGGCUCAAUGAUUACAUCAAGAGAAAUGUAACUGACCAAGAAAACGAAGAAUUACCAGCUCGAGCAGUUUGCGAGAUAGCGAACAAUAUUCCAGAAAAAGAGUUUAAAAAAACUUUUGACAAACUAUUAGAAAGAAUGGAGCUUUGUAUAAAUAAUAAUGGUGACUAUUUUGAACAUUUAUUAAAAUAA